AUGGGUGAUCUCGGAGGAAAUCAAGCGCCGGAAAUUAACAGCGUAUUUGUGGAGACGAAUCUGCAGACUCGUCUCGUCGUUCCGGUUGUUAAAAACGAAUUCGUCUCCUCUUUCAAAGAUCGGUUUCGCGAGGAGCAUCAUGAACAUUUCACAGAAAUUGGAGAAAUCAGCAUUGAUGCGGUGAAGGAGCUUGGAAGAUGUACUGAGAAGAUCAGCAGGCGAAACUGGGUGCUGAACAGUCACAAGCCGAGAAUAAGUCUAGACAAAUUGGCUUUAGGCAAAUAA